AUGUCACAAGCUUCGACAGGAGAAACACUCAAAACUUAUUCAAUCGAUUUAACUCAACUUGCAAAAGAAGGAAAGUUGGAUCCGAUCAUAGGAAGAGAUGAUGAGAUAAGAAGGACUAUACAGAUAUUAUCUAGAAGAACUAAGAGUAAUCCUGUUUUACUUGGUUUACCAGGGACGGGUAAGACUGCUAUAUUGGAAGGUUUGGCAAUGCGGAUAGUCAAUAAGGAAGUACCAGAGUCUCUUCAUGGUAAACGUCUUUUGUCUCUGGACUUGUCUAUGUUGCUUGCUGGGACUGGAGUCAGAGGAGAGUUCGAAAAUCGUUUCAAAGCUUUGAUCAAAGAUAUAGAGGAGGAACAUGGGAAUGUUAUCUGUUUCAUUGAUGAACUGCAUACUUUGUUGAACCUCGGUAAAGCAGAAGGAUCCAUGGACGCAGGUAACAUGAUCAAACCAGCUCUCGCUCGUGGUCUUCAACUUGUGGGAGCUACCACACUCGACGAAUAUCGUAAGACUAUCGAAAAAGAUGCUGCUCUCCAACGACGUUUCCAACCUAUCAUGGUCAAUGAACCAAGUGUAGAAUCAACCAUCUCCAUCCUCCGUGGUCUCAAAUCUCGUUUCGAAGUUCACUUCGGUGUUCAAAUUGCCGAUUCCGCACUUGUUACAGCUGCCGUUUAUUCGGAUAGAUACAUACCGGAUCGUUACCUCCCUGACAAAGCCAUUGAUCUGGUGGAUGAAGCCAGUUCCGCACUCAAACUCGCUCAGGAGAGUAGACCCACAGUUCUGGAAAAAUUAGACAGAGAAAUCGUGACGUUGGAAAUCGAGCGAGAGUCUCUGAAAAAUGAAGAAGAUCAAUUCUCCGUUUCUAGGUUGGAAAAGGUUGAUGCGGAGUUGAAAGAGAAGAAAGCGGAACAACGUCGUCUGGCUGAUCUUUGGACACAAGAGAGAGGAAGAGUAGCUGAAAUCAAAGCUAUCAAAGAGCAAAUCGAACAAGCCAACGUUGAAUUAGAAGCCGCACAACGUAAUGGAGAAUUUGAAAAAGCUUCAAGACUCCGUUUCGCUACCAUACCACAACUUCAAGCUAAACUUCCUAAAACUCAACCGGAUCAUUCAGAAGCAGCUUCAGAUCCAGAUAGUUUGGUCAUACGUGAUCGUGUCACCUCGGAAGAUAUAGCGAGUGUAGUAGCGAAAUCAACCGGUAUACCCGUUUAUAAUCUACUCAAAGGGGAAAGAGAACGUUUAAUUCAUAUGGAAGAAUCUCUCAAAAGUAGAGUUAUAGGUCAAAAUGACGUUAUAAAAUCAGUCGCCAACGCCGUCAGACUUUCUCGUGCAGGUUUACAAUCACCUACUAGACCUUUGGCGAGUUUUUUAUUCCUCGGACCGACCGGUGUGGGGAAGAGCGAGUUGUGUAAGAGUUUAGCAGAGUUUUUAUUUGCGGAUGAAAAAAGAGCUUUGAUACAACUUAACAUGAGCGAAUUUCAUGAUAAACAUACUGUUUCGAGGUUGAUUGGUGCUACUGCUGGUUUUGUGGGAUAUGAAGAUGGUGGUCAAUUAACCGAGGCGGUAAGGAGAAGACCUUACGCUGUGGUGGUGUUUGAUGAAAUUGAGAAAGCUCAUCCUGAUGUGGCAAAUAUUCUAUUACAGAUAUUAGAAGAAGGUGCUUUGUCAGAUAGUCAAGGUAGAUUGGUGAAUUUCAAAAAUACGAUCAUCUGUCUUACUUCCAAUCUUGGUUCAGAGGCACUAUACGAACCCGGUGCUACUUCACCACAAGGUACUAUCACCCCUGAAGCCCGAACUCAAGUUCUUCAUUCCGUCGGACAAUUCUUCAAACCUGAAUUGAUUAACCGUUUGGACGAAUUAUUGGUAUUCAACAAACUCCCCCCUUCUGUCAUUCUGGACAUCGUGGCAUUACGACUUACAGAGGUGCAAAGUCGGUUAAGCGGACGACGAAUAACGUUGGACGUCAAUGAAGAAGCUAGAGCUUGGUUGGCUCAAAAAGGUUAUAGCGAACAAUAUGGUGCUAGAGCGGUGCAAAGGGUUAUAAGGGAUAAAGUUACUAGUCCUAUCGCUGGAAGAAUGUUGGAAGGGAUUAUCAAGGACGGCGAAAUCGUCAAAGUGGAAUUACAAAAUAAUGAUAUUAUCAUAACUUCAAGACGUGAUCCCAAUAUCAAAUCGGAGAACAAUGGAGCCAAUACCGAUAGAAUCGGUGAAGAGGCAAGGACACUUGAAACUUUGGACGAAGUGGAAGAGAUUGAACCUGAUGAAAGAAGGGAGUCCAGGGAAUGGUCGUGA